GGAAAGCAGUUGUAAGACAGGUGCCCUCGGUUCAUUCUCGGCGAGGGGCAGCAGUUGCCUGUGUGAGCGCGAGUGGGAAGCGUGUGUGGAUUUCUUUUUUACUUGAUUUCUUUCUCCUUUUUUUUUUUUUUUUUUCCUCUGGGUUCUCUUCCCCCUUUUUUCUGUUUGUCUCUCGGACCGUCAUUCAGUGGCUGGAUGGCGUGGGACAGGUGUAACCAGGACUCGGUGUGGAGAGAAUUAGAGUGCGCUGCCUUGGUUGGUGAAGACCAGCCCCUCUGUCCGGACCUCCCAGAACUUGACCUCUCAGAGCUGGACGUCAGUGACUUAGACGCAGACAGCUUCCUGGGUGGCCUCAAAUGGUACAGCGACCAAUCGGAGAUCAUUUCCACUCAGUAUGGCAAUGAGGCAUCGAAUCUUUUUGAGAAGAUAGAUGAAGAAAAUGAGGCCAACUUGCUGGCAGUGCUUACAGAGACCCUGGACAGCAUCCCGGUGGAUGAGGACGGAUUGCCUUCGUUUGAGGCCCUGGCAGAUGGGGACGUGACCAAUGCCAGUGACCGGAGCUGUCCCUCCUCCCCCGACGGCUCGCCGCGCACCCCCGAGCCCAAGGAGCCUUCCCUGCUGAGGAAGCUCCUUCUGGCGCCCGCAAACUCCCAGCUCAGCUAUAAUCAAUACACAGGUGGCAAGGCACAGAACCAUGCAGCCAGCAGCAACCACCGGAUCAGACCACCACCUGCCGUCGUCAAGACGGAGAGCCCCUGGAAUGGCAAAGCGAGAGGGGGCUCCAUCACACAGAACCGCGCGGUGAGGCGGCCUUGCACUGAGCUGCUGAAAUACCUGACGGCCACCGAUGACAUCCUGCUCCACACCAAAGCCAGCGAAGCCAAGAGCACGUGGGUCGGUGCCGGUGGCAGAGACAAGGGCGGCCUGGGUCUCGGCGCCUCUUCCUCCUCCUCUUCGCCGUCCUCGUCGUCCACCUCCUCGUUCUCCUCCCUCUCCUCCGUCUCUUCGUCUUCCUCCACCGCCUCCAAGAAGAAGUCAACUGUGCCGUCUCAACAACCGCAGCCGCAGCAGCAGCAGCAGCAGCAGCAGCAGCCGCAGCAGCAUCACCAGCGAGGUGAGAGCCGGGCUGCAGGCGAGUGUAGUGUGGCUGGUGUUGGGGCUGGGAAGUGGCAGCGUUGCACUCGCGAUGGCGGUGUUGAGAAGUCGGAGGGUGCCUCUAUCCCUGUCGGCCACAGAACCUCCACCUGCGGCCAUGCCUGCCCCAAACUGGAGCACGGGCCGCCCAGUGAAGAAGGAAGGCCGCCAGGCGAUGCGGGCAACAUGGCCGUCGCUAGGUUUAUUAGGUAUAUGCAUUCUUAUUCCCUCCCUCCCAGAGAGGUGAGUCACAGCUGUGAGCAUUGCCGAGAGGCUGCGGGCGCCACUCAGGCUAGUAAGGGCUUUGGCAGGCAAGGCCGUAGCAAGAGCAGUGUUGCCAGCCGUGCACCUCACAAGCACAUCACAGUGACUAUUAGGAAAAGAGAUGGGAAGCUGGGGCACCCCUUACUUAGCCAGCUGCUCACCUCCAAACAGAGGCCUGCUCAGUAUCUGACCCACCCUGUCCCACCUAAGAUCGCCCCUUUACCCAGAACUCAGGGCAAAUUAGCAGGUAAGAGGUCUGAGAGUACAUCCCAGGCUGAUUCAAACGUGGAGGAGGAAGAGCUCAGAGGGACCAGUGAUUUUAAAAACCGGGGAAUAAGUCAAGCUGAAGAGCCUGACUCAGGGCCACUGUUACCUCUUGCCUUAGACCUCGAGAGAUGGGUUAACCAGCUAGAUCCAGGGCUAGACAUUGGCUUUGGACUAGAACUGGGGUGGCCAAUCCAGGGGGGCUGUGGGGAGGAUUUUGACCACAAUGAUGAUGAUGAUGAUGAUGUUGAUGAUGAUGACCGUGUCACGGGAAGCCCUGCAGUGGUGCUCUCACAGUGGCCACCAAGCCCACUCUUCCCAGAUACUAGAAAUGCAGAGGCCACCCUUCCCUGCAUCAUACAAGGGCAAGGGCACCCACACAGGCAGGCGCUCAGCGAGCACCCCGACGACCAGGGCCACCCGUUGUUAGCCAAACCAACCACCUUGCCACUUCCUUUGACCCCAGAGUCUCCAAAUGACCACAAGGGAUCACCGUUUGAGAACAAAACCAUUGAAUGCACAUUAAGUGUGGAGAUUGCUGGAACCCCAGGUCUGACACCACCUACCACGCCCCCACACAAAGCCAGUCAAGAGAAUCCUUUCAAAGCAUCGCUCAAAACCAAGUUGUCUUCAUGUUCCUCCUCGGCCUUGGCAUGCAAAAGAGCCAGGUUGACCGAGUCGGGCCUCAGCGCUCUGGCCCCGGCCCCAGGUGCCUCAGGCGGGGGUCCCAACAGGAAGGGUCCCGAACAGACUGAGCUUUACGCCCAGCUGAGCAAAGCGUCCACCUCCCUCCCUUACUCCGCCUCCAAACGCACGGCGGUGGGCGGUCUCGGGGAGCUUUGCAGCAAAAGCAACAAUAAGCGGGCGGCGCCCCGUAGCUACAGCGACCAUGACUAUUGCCAAGCGUCAGCUAGCGCUAAGAAGGACGGCGGCACAGCCACUGUUACCAUGACUACAGCAGCGGAAAUGACAGUCACCUCAGGUGCCGCUGCCGCUCCCGAGCCGACUACAGGCAAAGUGGAGGACAGGCAUGUCGAAUGUAAGGACUCAGCCAUGCCACCGUCCUCUUCAUCAUCUACAUCCUCUUGCUCUUCAUCAUCAGCUGCAUCUGGUCCUUUAGCUGAGAAGCAGAAUGUUGCCUCUGUGGAUGGAGGUGCAGUUCGGCUCCAGGGGAAGCAGACCCUCACACAAAGCACCCAGAGCCCCUCACAGGAGGCCGCCACCGACAGGGACCAACCACACCCUUCUGCCGCCAGCCGGAAGCUCUUAUGCGACCAGGAAAUUAGAGCAGAACUCAACAAGCACUUUGGCCCCCCCUUACAAGCCCUCUUUACUCCGGGCGGUCAGGAGAAAGAACCAGGCAGCAAAACCACCAAGGCUGCAGCCCCCCAGCCCCCCCAGGAGGGAGCGGACACCAGCUGCUCCCAGAAGCCGCCCGGCUCCAGCUUCCUGCAUCCGGGGUUCCUGCCCUUCCACGAUGAGCUCGAGCCGGCUGAGGGCCGCGAGAGUCGCUUCCUCUAUCCCUGGGAGGGCACCCCUCUGGACCUACUCUUCGACUGCCCCCCCGGCUCUCCCUCCUGUUCCCCACCAUCCAGCUGCUCCCCCUCGAGAGGCUCUGUCUCCCCGCCCUCCUCUCUCCUCCUCUCGCCCGGCAGGCCGUUCUGCUGGACCAGCGGCGGGUCCCGCAACCGGUCCCGGUCCCACUCCGGCUCCCGCAGCUCCUCCUCGCACUACCGAGGGCGCUCCCUCUCCAGCUCACCGGACAGACGUCCCUCCUCUUGGUCUCGACACAACACAGAUUCAAGCACUUUUCGCUCCAGGACUCAGAAGAGCCCCCACCCUCCGUCCCGAUCUCCCCUCAGCCGCAGGCCAAGGUAUGACAGCUACGAGGAUUACCAGCACGAGAGGCUGAAGAGGGAGGAGUACCGCCGGGACUACGAGAAGCGGGAGUUCGAAAGAGCCGAGCAGAGGGAGAGGCAGAAGCAGAAAGCAAUAGAGGAGAGACGGGUGGUGUACGUGGGGCGACUGAGGUCCAACUGCACCCGGACCGAGUUGAAGCGCCGCUUUGAAGUCUUCGGCGAAAUUGAAGAAUGUGCCGUGAACUUGAGGGACGACGGGGACAACUUUGGCUUCAUCACGUACCGCUACACUUGUGACGCCUUCGCCGCCCUUGAGAACGGACACACCUUACGCCGGUCCAACGAGCCCCAGUUCGAGCUGUGCUUUGACGGACAAAAGCAGUUCUGCAAAUCGCAUUACACGGACUUGGACUCCCACUCGGACGACUUUGAUCCAGCCUCCACGAAAAGCAAGUACGACUCCAUGGAUUUUGACAGCUUGCUGAGGGAGGCCCAGCGCAGCCUGAGAAGGUAACCAGUGCAGUGGCACCUGAGGGGGACGUCCUUUACCUCACUGUUGUCUCUCGCUCCUUCGACGACGAGAGACCACCAGAAGUUUUACACUCUAUGUCAGAGAGUAUAUAAGAGUUAAGUCUAUAGACCUAUAUCAAUAUAAAUGAAUAUAUCAAAAAUAAAGUUUACAUGAA